AUGUGCCUCGGUUUGAACAGUUCAGUUGUGCAGAAGCUGAUGUUCUUCACCGCAGCCAUGGUGAUCCUGCCAGUGCUUGCUUUCUUCAUAGUGCAACAGUUUACCGCUAACACGCUAGUCAGUGGUGGGCUGGCGGCGCUGGCCGCCAACUUGGUGCUAAUAGGGUACGUGGUCAUGGCCUUCAGAGAAGACACGACUCAAGAAGAAGCCAAGCUCGAAGAGAAGAAGCGGGAUUGA